AUGCCAGUCUCAACAACUGACUUUGACCUCUUCACCUCCUUCCGCUACGACCCAAAACUCCUCACCUCUCCCUGGAACACAGCAGUCAACAAAAUCGAAACCCCUUACCUCUUCUUCAACUAUCACAUUGAACGACUCGUCGCAGCUGCUUUGCAUUUUGGUUGGUACCGCGCGCUGGAUGCUGUCCAGGCGCCUGGCGCGUCUGCGAGGAUUAGACAUAUGUGUGAUCAGGCGGUUAUGGACUGUGUACUUCCGGACAAGGAGAAAGGUCUUGGUCUUCGUGUCCUCCUCUCAAUAACAGGCGAUAUCCGCGUCGAAGCCCACCCAACCCGUCCCUUAACUCGAGAUCCCCUCCUCGCAGCCUCCAUAAACCCACUCACAACACCCACCUCCCGCCUCCCCACACCAAUCUUCACAGUCCAACUCGACACACAACCCACACCCACCUCCGCAUUUACCUCUUUCAAAACCACCGCUCGAGCGCACUACGACGCCGCGCGUGCCCGACGCGGUAUAAAGGACCGCCGGGAGUUACGCGAGGUGUUGUUGUAUAACGAAAGAGGGGAGAUUAUGGAGGGUAGUGUACGGAACGUUGCCUUUUGGCGUGGUGGUGACGCAAACGACCCCUCCUUUGGCGUCGGCGUUGGCGGAUGGGUGACCCCACCAGAUCGCUCAGGCGGCCUACCCGGAACCGUACGACGAUACCUCCUCGAACGCGGGAUGAUGAAAGAAGGCAUCAUACGCGUGUCUGACGUCAAAAUCGGUGAAUACGUGCUACUUAGUAAUGGAUGGGAUGGGACGAUUCUGGGGAGAGUUGUUGGCGACUAA